AUGUCUACCAUACAACAGCAACACCACUCCGAGCAGCUUCAUAGUAUCUCGGCCAAACCCCUGGACCGUUCUUGUUCCGAGGUUCCCAAGUCUACUAAUGAUUACACCUACAAUCACAAACGAACCCAUUCUCAUACCAACCGUGUCAACAUCGUGUCUCGUUCUCCUCAGUCUCCGUCACCGAUCCCCCUUGCCAAAUCACUGUCACUGUCGGCUAUUCCGGACGAGCCGAUCACUAUCCGUACCAGUAAGAAGUGGGUACUUCCUCCUCGGCCCAAACCAGGUAGAAAGCCUUCUUUGGCCAAGAAGGAGAAAAAGAGGCAUGUGAAGAAGAAGAGGUCUACUACCUUAAUGUCUUCGCCAACGCCUGUACAAUCUUCUUUACAGAAUGCCAUUCCGGGCCCCUCACAGGGCUCCUCACAGGGCUCCUCACAGGGCUCCUCGCAGUACUUGGAGGUGGACUCUUCGAUCAUUCAGAACCCGAUCAAACAAAAGAUCCUCCAAAUUAACGAGGAGAAUUACUACCUCAAACUGGAAGUGAUCAAAAUGGUAACUGAUUUGAAGAACAUGCGUGAAGUAUCCACAGAUGUCAAAUCAGGGCCAAUUGCCAUUGCAUCUGCCUCUGCCACUCGCGGUACGAAGCGUAGUCAUGAUGAUGACAUCAACGAUUUUUUAGUAUCUUUAGUCGAUUUGAGUCACACCGAUAGGCAGAAGCAGGAGCAGCUAGCUCUUCCGCAUACUCAGAACCCUCAAGCUGUGCCAGCCGAUGACCCCUUACUAUCCUCUCCCAUUGUGUCACCGUUGCUGCUUGAACGGGUACUUAGUGAAGAUCCCGUAGCUGCCGUGGCUACUCUUCCCGAAGAACCUCGCAUUGACCAGUUUCUCAAUUUGGACCAGGAUGAUAUUCCAUUUCUACUACAAGCUUCUCCUACCAACCUCAGCGAGGACGAUGAUCUCACUUCUACGCUCUCUACAACUCCUAGCACCAUGUUAACGUCGAUUAAGACCAAUGAUACACUAGAUUCUCUCAGUGGAAGUACGGUAGUCUCCACUAACAGCCCCAGAUUCAAAUUCAAACUGCUAGAUAUUCCAGAAAUGGAUGUUACGGCAAAGACUGCUGUGCGUGAUAAGGGCUUUUCGAUAUUCAAUGGACCCACCUCCUUGAUUGACGAUGCGCUCUUUGACAAACCUACAACGAUGGAUGUCUCAAAUAUGGUGCAAAUGACUCUCAAAAACGGCAUUACUGGUAAUAAUGGUACAGAAAUUGCCUCAGGGAAGACCUCCACCACAGCCACCAGGAGUACCACCAGAAGUACCACCGGGAGUACCACCAGGAGUACUACCGGGAGUACCCCGAGCAAUACAACAAACACUACAGAAAAUGACGAUUAUUACGAAUUCGAUGGACUUGAUGAUGUUGAGAUGGAAUUCGAAAAUUUCAUAAAUGGCAACGACUUAGAGAUGAAAUGA